AUGAGCGUUAUUAUUAACGUUACUUAACACAUUAAAAUCUGCAUCAAAAAAAUAGUUUUCAACUUGGAUUGUAAAGUUUGCUUCGAAAUUGUAGUAGUACACUAAGCGUUUAUUCUUGAUACAAUAAAUGGUGGCACUUAUUUAGAAUGUCUAAGAGGUUUCUAUAUGGUGAAUUCCAAUUCAUGCUAACCAUGCAAUUAGAUUUGUAAUAAAAUUAGAUUGCUGAACAAAAUAUUAGUCUUUAUAAACAUUUUCUGUAGCUAUCUAUGA